AUGAACCGUGCCGCCUGGGACGAGCGGGUUCCGUCUGCUAACCACCGAAAGUAUGUCGCCUCCGCCGACUACCAGGUCAGGAACUACAUCUCCAGUGUUCAUUUCAUCGGUAAUGUCGUUCAGUUUGACCGUCCGCUCCUCGGUGACACCACCGGGCUCAACUGUGUGCACCUGCAAUGCCACAUCGGCACCGACAUGCUCGGCCUCGCUCGCCUCGGUGCCGCAUCCGUGACCGGGCUAGACUUCAAAUUCUGGGGUAGCAAUUACAGCGGCGCGCAGACUGGCCGAUUCGACGGCUGGCGGCGGCGGCGAGAAGCUCAAGUUCGUCGAGGCCUCGGUGUAACAGGGGCUGACGGUCCUGCCGCGAGAUACGUUUGA